AUGAAGCAACACCUUCCUUUCCAAUCCGUCAUUGCCUUAGUGUUGUUAGCUUGUUGCUUUUUCACACAAUUCCUACUAAGGGAAUCCUUUGGUCAAACAACACCAAAAUACUCACUGAGUGAUGUAACCAAACCUCACAAACAGAAUGUAUUCAGUGGUUUAGGAGCUGUCCAUGUUACUAAUGAAGGACACAUUUAUUUUGAAUGUGAUACCGUGGAUGAUAGUUUCAUUGCUAAAAUAGAUGCAGUAUCAAAAAAGAUGACACUCCUCAAGAAGCCAUUCAUUUGUUCAUUAUACGUGAAUGUUAAAAGUGGUGUUGUUUAUUGUUCCGAUUCCACUUCCAUAAGUAUUAUCAAUGAAAAAGUUGAGGCUAAUUAUACAGUAAUUGUCGGAAUCAAAGAUGAAUCAGGAUAUAGUGGUGAUGGAGGAGAUGCAAGAGAAGCUCUCUUUGAUGGGAUCUAUUCAAUGUUCAUUGAUAAAGAUGGAAUUAUGUACAUUGCAGAUGGGUAUAAUGAUGCAAUUAGAAAAGUAGAGAAUGGUAUUGUCAGCACCUACAUUUCAACAUCAUCAAAUGUUUUGGAUGUCUAUGUGGAUGAUGAUGGUGUCGUUUAUUAUUUCAAAUUUAAAGAUAUUGAUGUGAAAUCACUUUGUAGAUGGACCAUUGAUAAUGGUGAAGAGCUGUUGGUAGAAAAUUUAGAUUUUACUCAUCCAGGACUGUUGAGAGUGGAUAAUUACUUGCUAUACGUGGAUACUAAAGAGCUUUCUUCGACAAUAAGGAAAAUGGAUUUGAGAAAUGGAAAUAUUUCAAGAUUUGUUGGAAAUGGUAAACAGGCUAGUUUGGAAGCAACCACUUUUGGAGAUGGUGGAAAGGCAAGUGAUGCUGAAUUCAUUGCCAUAAAUCAGUAUUUUGGUAUUCAUAAUGGUUUCAUGUACGUUAGCGAUUUUGGACUGAAAACAAUUAGAAAAAUUUCAAUGAUUGAUGAAACAAUAUCAUUGAUCUUGUUUAUUAAUUAUGAUGGAGCUGUUAUUGGUCCAUUUAUUGAUGGAUACAAUUCUAGUGAGACAACACUUCAUUCUCCAACUGGAAUAGUUCUGGAUCAGCAAAGUGGAAACCUUUACGUUUCUGACUAUGGAGCUGUACGAAAAAUCUCAGCAAACAACAAACUUGAAAUGAUAGCCCCAGAGAAGGAGUUGAAUUUCAUUGAUACCUAUCAACCUUUUGCUCUCAAUCCAGUUUCAGUCUCAACCAAUAACAGUGAUCUAUAUGUUGUCUCAUCAAAGGGUUUCAUUCACAAAUAUAAUGGAAGCAUUUCAACAAUGUUUGCAGGUCCAAUAACAGCAUCCAGGCUUUUACAGCAACACAAAGAUCAACUAGUUCUAAACUCUCCAAAGGGAAUUUUUGCAACAACUAGUUAUGUAUACAUUUCUGAUUCUGGAAAUCAUAGAAUUAUUAAGGUUCACAGAACUAGUGGUGUGGUAAUUGGUGUUGCUGGAUGUGGAACUUCUGGAUUUGAUGGUGAUGGUGGUUUAGCAACAUUGGCCAAGCUUAAUUCUCCAACUGGAAUCUAUUUGGAUAAUAAUGUGCUCUAUGUUGCCGAUACCAAUAAUCAUAGAAUUAGAGCUGUCAACAUAACAUCUGGAAUCAUCCAAACCAUUGCAGGAAAUGGAAUACAAGGUUACAAUGGAGACAAUAUUAAUGCCCUUACUGCUCAAUUGAAUUCUCCAACCUAUCUCCAAGUCAAUUAUUAUCAUGAAUUGUUUUUUUCUGAUACUUUCAAUAAUAGAUUAAGACAAAUUACUCUUAGUACUGGUAUUAUUCAAACCAUUGCUGGAAGUGGUGUAAAGGGAUUCAAUGGUGAUGGGCCAGCUCUCUCCACUCAUUUGGACACACCUAUGGGAUUCUCUCUCAAUUCAGAUUGGAUUAUCUAUUUUGCAGACUCUGGAAAUAAUCGUAUUAGAUAUGUUGAUCUACAACCACUUUUUAAUGAUCCAGUAACUGUAACUACGCAUAGUGGUAGUGGAGCUAAGGGUUACACAGAUGAUUUUAAUUUACCAAAUGCAAUUUACAAUACACCAACUUGUGUUUCGAGUGUAAACUCAGUUGGAUCUGCUUUAACUGAUAUCCACAUUACUGAUUCCCAAUCUCAUAGAAUUAGAUUUGCUGUCCUUUCGUCCACUUAUUCAGUUGUUGGUAAUGGUUUUGCAGGUUAUAAUUAUUUCGAAGGAAACAUUACAGGUUCUAAUGUCAAAUUGAAUAAUCCACAAUGUACCUUCUUUGACCAUUCCAAAUCUAUUUUAUUUAUUGCUGAUUCAGGUAACAAUAGAAUAUUGGAAAGUCAAAUUGAAGGAAAGUGGGUAAAGAAAUUUGCUGGAGGAAUUGGCGACAAUAACUUGGCUCUUUAUUCACAAGUUGAGGCUUCGUAUGUUGCCUUCUCCUCGAGUGGUGAAAUGUACGUUAGUGAAACAGCUCAGAAUAGAAUUAGAAAGAUUUCCACAAAUGGAGUAAUUUCAACUAUUGCAGGAACUGGAUUGUUUGGAAUCUCCGAGGAUGGAAGAUUGGCCAUUUCAUCAGAUAUUGCAGCACCUAAAGGAUUGUAUGUCAAUGAAGAGGGUGAAUUAAUCUUUGUCGAAUCUGGAAUUAGUAAGGUGAGAAAAAUUAACAAGAAAGGAUUAUUGGAAACUGUAGCAGGUAAUGGGUUCACUGGCUUCUCUCAAACCUCUGAUCCAAAAACAAGUUCCUUAAAUUCACCUUCCUCAGUUGUUUCUUAUAAGGGACAAACAAUUAUUUCAGAUAGCAAAAACAAUUUUAUUAGAAAGAUUUCAACCAUUGCUAGUCAUCCAUUUGAUGUAAUUGCGGGGGAUGGAUCUGCUCCAUCUCAAACCAAAUCAAAACCUUUCAGUAUUUCACCCACCUCCAUGACAAUUAACAAUGAAGGAAAUGUAUUAUUCUUUAUCGAUUCUUCAUUGAAUAAUGUUAGAAAAUUGGAAGCUUUCUGUGAGAAUGGUCAUGUCUAUUCAAAGAAUGAUACUUGCCUUCCAAUUUGUUAUGGAAAGAUCAAACUGUUGAGUGGAAAUGUUUGCAAUAAUAAUGGAGAAUGUCUUUCACCAGAUUUGUGUCAAUGUUAUGACUCGUCUCGAUAUACAGGUUUCGAAUGUGAAAUACCAGUUUGUUAUGGAGAAGCUUCUAAUAGUUCCAGUGUUUGCACAAAUGGAAGAGGUAACUGCACAGCUCCAAAUACUUGCAUUUGUAAAGAAGGAUAUACUUCCUCAAUGUGUCAAACGCCAAUUUGUUUCAGAAAGAUUCUUGACGGGGCUUGUGGUGGUUCAGUAAGAGGAAGUUGCCUUGACAAGAAUCAAUGUUCUUGUAAUACUGGAUAUACUGGUUUAGAAUGUGAAUUAAUGACAUGUUUUGGAAGGAAUGAAAAAGAGGCAGACGUUUGUAAUGGAAGAGGCAGUUGUUCACUUCCAAAUCAAUGCACCUGUCAAUUUGGUUAUUCAGGUGAACAAUGUCAACAUUCUGAUGAACUGUGGGCUCUUAUUGGUGCUUUAAUAGGUGUUGCAGUUCUUGUCUUUUGCAUUGGUGGUUCACUUUUCAUUAUUAUUGGUCUAUUCAGAAAGUAUUAUGUUCAGAGAAAGAUCAUUAAAACUGAUCAAUUUGUUACUGAUAACAUGCUUGAACUGGAAAUUGACAAUGAUGGAAAGAAGAAGGAUGAAGCAGAUUCAUUCUUCAUUUCUAUUAACAAGUUGGAUUUGGGUAAAAUGAAGAAACUUGGUUCUGGUGGCUAUGGAUCAGUUUAUCAAUCUCAAUGGAUUGGAACUGAAGUAGCUAUUAAGGUUUUCGAUUUGAAUAAUAUGAAUAUUGAUGAAAAUGAUUUUAGGUCUGAAGCAACAGUUCUUUCCAGAUUGAGACAUCCAAAUAUUAUUUCCUUCUUUGGAGUUUCUUCUACUCCAACCAAGAGAUAUAUUGUAAUGGAGAAAAUGGAGAGAAGUCUUGAAAAUAUUAUUGCUGAACUCCAAUCUAAUAGAAUGAAAUUGUCAUUGAGUCAAAAGAUGGAUAUUAUGCUUGAUAUCUGCAAAGGAAUCGAAUAUUUACACAAUCUGAAACCAACGAUCGUGCACAGAGAUUUGAAACCUGCCAAUAUUUUGCAAGAUGUUCAUGGAGUGAGCAAGUUGUGUGAUUUUGGUUUGUCCAGACUCUUGAAUAAGCAAAACAACACGCAAAUUACAAAUCAAAUUGGAACUUUUUAUUAUAUGAGUCCUGAAUCAUUUGGUGAAAUUGAAAGGCAAUUGUUAACUGCUGUUGACAUUUAUAGUUUGUCAAUAAUCAUGUGGCAAAUUCUAUUUGAAAUUAUGGAUCCUUAUUAUUAUACGAAUCCAUUGAUAUUAAACAAGUUGAAUCUUGAACAACCAGUUCAAUAUCAAAAUUUAUUAAGCCAACUGCUUCCAAAGAUUGCAUCUGGACAUCGUCCACUCAUUCCAUUCGAAACUUUGGAAGAUUGUCAAUCUUGGUGUGAAAUGAAAAAGGCCUAUUCACUCCAAGAAAGUACAGUAAUCUACCAAUUACUUGAUUUAAUUAAGAAGGGAUGGGAAACUAAUCCUUCUCAAAGACCUUCUAUUCACCACUUUAAUGAAAUUCUUUCUCUAUUGAAAAAUUCACUCAAAAAUUAA